AUGGGCACGGUGCCGUCCGCGCUGAAGCACUGCCUCAGCUAUCAGCACCUCCUCAAGGAGCAGCUCUGGAUCGGGGAGCCGGCCGCGCCGCCGCCUGCUCUGCAUCCCGGGCAGGAAUUUCAAAUAUCUGGAUUUCCUGACUAUGUUAAAAUUGUAGAAGUUGGGCCAAGAGACGGAUUACAAAAUGAAAAGGUUACAGUUCCCACAGAUUUCAAAAUUGAGUUAAUCAACCGACUUUCCAAAGCAGGCUUGUCUGUAAUAGAAGCAACCAGUUUUGUUUCAUCGAAGUGGGUACCUCAGAUGGCAGAUCACACAGAAGUAAUGAGAAGGAUCGAGCGGCAUCCUGGGGUCCAAUAUCCUGUACUCACACCUAAUCUUCAAGGUUUUCAUUCUGCUAUUGCAGCAGGAGCUACAGAGGUAUCAGUAUUUGGUGCAGCAUCUGAAUCUUUCAACAAAAUGAAUAUUAAUUGUUCUAUAGAAGAAAGCAUAGAAAAAUUUGAAGAAGUUACUAAAUCAGCACGAAAUAUGAAUAUUCCAGUACGAGGGUAUGUAUCUUGUGCACUGGGAUGCCCGUAUGAAGGAAACAUCAUACCAGCUAAAGUGGCAGAAGUGUCUAAACAGCUGUAUAGCAUGGGCUGCUAUGAGAUCUCUCUGGGGGACACAAUUGGUGUGGGGACCCCCGGCAGCAUGAAGAGAAUGUUGGAAGCUGUUAUGAAGGAAAUCCCAGUGAGUGCUCUUGCUGUUCACUGCCAUGACACGUAUGGCCAGGCUUUAGCCAAUAUCCUCACAGCCUUACAGAUGGGAGUUGGUGUUGUGGACUCUGCUGUUGCUGGAUUAGGUGGCUGUCCAUAUGCGAAAGGUGCUACUGGUAACGUAGCCACGGAGGAUGUGCUAUACAUGCUUAAUGGCUUAGGGAUAAAUACGGGAGUGAAUCUUUACAAGGUGAUGGAAGCUGGUAACUUCAUCUGCACGGCUUUGAACAAGAAAACAAAUUCUAAAGUUGCACAAGCUUCCUUCAAUGUUUGA